AAGAUGGUAAGUUGAGCCUUCCAAAUCUUGAGAAAAAAGUACUAAUUAGGUAAUUCUUGGGCAUUCGUUCAGACAAUAUCGUUAAUAAAUAUCUUGUGAAACUUGGUGACCAAGUUCCAUACUUGUGUAUAUAUGAGAGAAGAGAAAGAGAUCGAUAAGAAAUCUCUUCUAUUACUAUCAACAACAAAACUCGAAAAAUGUAUUCUUCCUCCGCUCAGAUUAACGUUCUCGGCGUAACUGGAAUCGCUACUUGUUCAUCAUCUUCCAAGAGGAAUCUAAAUGAUGUGAAAGGAAGUUACAACAUGCCAAGAAGCGCCUUCUUCUUCGGCGCUAGAAACGGUCCUUUCACUUCUGCUUUCCUUAGAAUGAGUAUCAGAAACGGCUCAGUAGGUCCGGUGCGACGAGUGUUCAACGAGAAGGUCGUGGGAAUCGAUUUGGGUACGACUAACUCAGCUGUAGCUGUCAUGGAAGGAGGCAAGCCCGUGAUUGUGACGAACGCUGAAGGUCAGAGGACGACUCCGUCCGUGGUGGCUUACACUAAGAGCGGCGGUGACAGGCUUGUUGGACAGAGUGCGAAGAGGCAAGCUGUGGUUAAUCCUGAGAACACUUUUUCCUCGGUGAAGAGGUUUAUAGGUAAGAGGAUGAACGAGGUAGCUGACGAGCAGGUUUCUUAUAGAGUUGUUGAAGAUAAGAACGGGAACGUCAAGCUUGAAUGUCCCGCCAUUGGUAAACAGUUUGCCUCUGAGGAAAUCUCAGCUCAGGUUUUGAGGAAACUUGUGGAUGACGCUUCGAGACUUUUGAACGAAAAAGUGACCAAGGCUGUCCUCACUGUGCCUUCUUACUUUAAUGACUCACAGAGGACAGCUACUAAAAAAGCUGGUCGCAUCGCUGGGCUUGAUGUUCUUCGUAUUAUCAAUGAGCCCACUGCUGCUUCUUUGGCUUAUGCUUUUGAAAGGAAAAGCAACGAGACAAUUCUUGUCUUUGAUCUUGGCGGUGGUACCUUUGAUGUCUCUGUUGUUGAAGUCGGUGAAGGUGUGUUUCAGGUGCUUUCUACUUCUGGUGACAAACAUUUGGGAGGCGAUGACUUCGACAAGAGAGUUGUUGAUUGGCUGGCUUCAAACUUCAAGAAAAAUGAAGGCAUUGAUCUUUUGAAAGACAAGCAAGCACUUCAGAGGUUGACAGAGGCAGCAGAAAAAGCAAAGAUUGAGCUUUCCUCUUUGACUCAAACAAAUACGAGUUUGCCAUUUAUCUAUGGACCGAGACACAUAGAAACCACCCUCACACGUGCCAAGUUCGAAGAAUUGUGCUCAGAUUUACUCGACCGUUGUAAGACUCCAGUUGAGAAUUCACUUAAGGAUGCAGAACUCAAGUUCAAAGAUAUUGAUGAGGUGAUCCUUGUUGGUGGAUCCACACGUAUUCCUGCUGUUCGGGAGGUAGUCAGGAAGCUGACUGGUAAAGAACCUAAUAUCACAGUGAACCCUGACGAGGUUGUAGCUCUAGGUGCUGCUGUCCAGGCUGGUGUUCUUGCUGGAGAUGUGAGUGACAUAGUUCUUCUUGAUGUGACACCGCUUUCGAUCGGUUUGAAAACCUUUGGAGGUGUUAUGAAUACGUUUAUUCCAAGGAACUCUGCACUGCCUACUUCUAAAUCACAGGUCUAUACGACUGGUUCUGAUGGACAGACAAGUAUUACGUUUUAUGUGCUGCAGGGUGAGAGGGAGUUUGUCAAGGAUAACAAGUGUCUAGGCAGUUUCGUUCUAGAUGGUAUUCCACCAGCACCACGCGGAGUUGCAAAAAUUGACGUCAAAUUGGACAUUGAUGCAAAUGGAAUCCUCACUGCUACUGCUACUGACAGAGCCACCGGUAAUAAACAAGAGAUUACCAUUACUGGUGCCACUACAUUGCCCAAGGAUGAGGUAGAGAAAAUGGUCAAAGAGGCAGAAAGGUUUGCCAAACAUGACAAAAAGAAGAGGGAUGCAAUUGAGACAAAGAUGAAGAAAAAGAAGCAACUUGGAGCUGCAGGUCCUUCGACUCCUGGACGUGAAGGUCCUUCGUCAAACAAAGGUGGUGAUUAUGUGAUAGAUGUCAAACAAGGCCAAACAGUUUCACUGAACCUGAAAACUUUAAAACUUAAAAUAUUUUCAAAAAAGUGAAUUUUAGUUUUUUUAUGAAAUGUAAUAACAUUAAUUUCA